AUGCACUAUGGCUUGUUCGAUUUCUUCGCUUGUUCUUCUUUAACCAUUGUCCUUUGUUUCCUCGACUCCGGAAUGGAUAUGUGGUCGUUCCUCGCUACUUGGACAAUGGGCGGUGGCGUGAGAUGGUACUAUGGCGACCGUCAGCUCGUGACGGAUUGCUUCGUGCUCGGAACCAUUAGUACAUGGUUGGUAAAGGAAAAGCUAGUGGAAAUCUUGCUGAAAGGGUGGAAAGAUUUGGAUGUUAUUGCGAUGUCACCAAAGUCGCAUCCUACCUCCAGCGUGGCGAUUACGCUUGUGAUACUUGGACUUUCGUUAUGGCAUGUAUAUGGUGGUAGCAACAGCGGCAAAAUAGAGAAUCUGCCCCCGGGAGCCCGGAAGUGGUCAUCGGUUUUCCCAAAAGCAACAAUCUUACCUUGCCAGACGAUGCAUGCACGCAUGUUUCCCAAGCGUCACGCCUUCCAAAACGCGUACCUCCAAUGCGGGUUCCCAAUCGUUCCUGAUGGCACUACAUCCGAUGGGGCGGAUGUCGGACUUGGAAAUGAUAGGGAACUCGGCAGUUGGUGGCUGCGCGUGAAAGCUGAUGACUAUCUAGAGCGAGGUUACGGUGCGCUUGGUUUUUACGGAAAGUUACAACUGUAUUUGAAACAGCAGCAUGUUAGUGACUCUGACUGGUCAUAUGCCUAUCUGGUCACUGCGCCGCGUUUCUUCGGAUACGCUUUCAAUCCUGUCUCUUUCUGGUACAUCUACGACCAAGAUCACCAGCUCACAAAGAUGAUACUUGAAGUCAAUAAUACUUUCGGCGAAAGACGAGUGUACUUACUAGAAGGGUCCGGUCCACUUCAAACACCCGGUUCUUCCGUCUUUGAAGAACCUGGACCUUUGGUUGCCGGAGCAAAGUCAAGGUUCACCCAUGUAUGGAUGAAAGAUUUCCAUGUCUCGCCAUUCAGCUCCAGGAAAGGGUUUUACGCUCUCAAGGCCAGGAAUCCAUUUCCCUUUAGUCCCCACGACAGACCUGAAAUUGAUAAUACAAUCACUUUGAAGUCGUCCAAAGAUUAUGCAAAAGUCGUUGCGCGUCUCCACUCGACUGGGAGUUCACUCGAUCCCAACCAACUAGGCGUGUUUGGAACUUUGCGAUUCCUCCUAAGUUGGUGGUGGGUCGGCCUUGUGACCUUUCCGCGAAUCUUGAAACAGACAAUUAAGCUCCACUCCAAGAAUCUGCGGACGUGGGUUCGACCAGAGGUGCUUUCAUCCAGUAUUGGACGCUCGCCUACUUCUUCUGAGAUUGUUCUCCAAAAGAUCUUCUACGACUACCUCCUUCACCUCAUACACGGAAAGGAGUGUGAUUUCCGUAUAACGCUUUACACUGCGAUCCCCGACUAUCCGAAACAGAUUAUUGUAACUGUGCACCAACGUGGGCGCGAGCAAGUUGUCAGAGAUCUCGAAAUCCGUGUCCUGACACCUGCCUUCUACUCGCGGUUCGUCCACUAUUCUUACGCGUCGGAGGCGUUUGAUCGCGAAUGCAUUUUCACUGAUGAAAAAAAUCGAACUUUAUGGGUUUCGCGACCUGAACUGUUGCCCUUGCUCCUCUCUCAGCCUGAUUCUGCACCAUCAAACGGUAUAUCUUCCAAUAAGAGAAGCUACAUGGACGAGUUAAGAUGGACCUUACUACGAAAGCUCAGAUGUUCACCAGCCGAACCUGCGUAUCCUGUAGCUUUAAAGGCCUCCAAUCUCACGGUGAACGACAUCCGUACCCUCCCGUUCUCUGAGAUGGAUACGUUUGUGCGAGGGAACAACAAUUCUCUGUAUGCUGGUGAAUACCGAAGAGCAAUUACGAGACUGUUCUUGGCUCAACACUUUACACGGGGUCUCACGGAAGUCGUUGACCUGAUAGAUAUGGCGUGGAGGAUCCUUUUGUGCUAUCUUGCUGCCUCCAUGAUGUCAAAUUGGAGCACAGAUGGCCAGAGUCGGAAUGAUCCUGGUUGUUUUCGAAAGAUUGAUGGACGUACCUCUUUGGAACGGUGGUUGCUCCCUGGGACACUGAUCUUGAUUUCUGCAUGCCAUGGCUACGGCCUACUGAAGGGUUAUAGGUAGUUUAUUGAUUUUUAUACAACCUGACUUG